CCCGUUCGGUUUUUCCCAAAUCCGCCGCAUUGAGUUGGGUCGAUCCGUUCUCGUGGUAGAUCAAGAAAGGGAAAGGGGAUCGGAGGAGAUCGACGAUCGGGCAGGAGAACGAUGACGGAGGCACAGGUGAGGAAGAAGCCGGGGAUGACUAGCGUGAGGGAGAUGCCGCUGCUCCAGGACGGGCCGCCUCCGGGCGGGUUCGCCCCGGUCCGCUACGCCCGUCGCAUCCCCAGCAAAGGCCCCAGCGCCGCUGCGAUCGUCAUCGCCGCUUUCGGCGUCAUCUCCUGGGGGUUUUACCAGGUCGGGCAGGGGAAUAAGAUCCGCCGUGCAUUGAAGGAAGAGAAAUAUGCUGCUCGUAGAGCAUUAGUGCCAGUGCUUCAAGCUGAAGAAGAUGAACGGUUUGUCAAGGAAUGGAAGAAAUAUUUAGAAGAGGAAGCUAGGAUCAUGAAAGAUGUUCCUGGAUGGAAGGUAGGAGAGAGUGUCUACAACUCAGGAAAGUGGAUGCCUCCGGCAACCAGUGAGCUGCGACCAGAUGUAUGGUGAUAUAGUCGAGUCCUCCGAAUUUGGGGCAUUCAGCACUAUGAACUUUGAUCUUCACCUUCUGCUAUUUGAAUCCUCUAGCGAUGGAAAGUCACCUGAUUUUGUGUUUUGGCUAUAACAUUUGCUGGUCAUAAUCCUACAAUCCUUUUGGAAUUCAACAUCUUGGUUUACAAACCAAGUGAAUAAGAUUUCAAGGUUCAUAAACUUAACUAAGUGAACCUUUGCUUGUUCAAGUGAUAGCUAAUCAUGAGAUGAUGCAAAUUAUAAUUUCA